AUGUCUCCGGGCUGUAGCGUCAUCGAUGCCUUUUCCAUGGAUUGGCGAGGCGAAAAUAAUUGGCUCUGUCUUCCUGUUUCCUUUGUUGUGGACGUGAUUAAACGCGCGCACGAGUGCCGCUCAGUUGGUACUCUCAUCGUCCCUGAAUGGCUGUCUGCGUUCUUGUGGCCUUUGUUAAAGCCUUUUCCUCCCGAGUUUGCCUGUUUUGUUAUGGACGUUGUUUCUUUACCAGUGAGGUCUGAUUUUAUUACUCACGGGCCAGGUCAGAAGGUCUGUUAAUCAUGUGUUUUGCUGUGGUUACCGGGCUGUGUCCUUGUGAAGCAACUUUUUCCCACGUAGUCACGAUAUACCAGCAUUUAGGCCGCGGAGCUUCAUUGUAGCCAGUGUUUUAGCUAUUUCUAUGCAGUUCGUUUAAUUGCUUUUAAUUUGAGCAAACUCUUGUUGGCUGGGUGUUUUUUUUUCUGACUUUGUUUUGAUUCUUUGUUUUAUCUGGUUAGAUCUUUUGCGGUUCGGGGAUUUCGCGAAGAGUAUCGACGAUCCGUCGCUUCAGCCCUUAGUUCCACGUUUGCUUGAUCUUUUGCUGAAGUUCAAUGCAGCUAACACAGCUCAGAGGUACAACUUUGGUUGCUAG